AAGCAAUUCCAUCUUGUGAAUCUUACAUAUCAAGAUCUUUCAUUCCUUUGAUUUCACUCUUGAAUACAACUUCAGUCAAGAGUGUUGAACCCAUUUGCACCAAUACGAUAGACACCAUGGCGGAACCAUCAGUCAUCAACGUCGAGUACAAGGGCCGACUGGCCAUCAUCACCAUCAACAAUGAAAAGAAACUCAACGCCCUCACCCAGAUGCAAUACUACGAUCUGGCUCAACGGCUACGCGAGGUCGCUACCCACGAUGAGGUUUACAUUACCUUGAUCAUUGGCACUGGCCGUUACUUUUCUGCCGGCGCCGACGUCUCCAUCUCCAAAUCCAACAUUUCCCCCUCCGAAGGUCUCUCCUCCCAAGACGCCAUCCACAACCACUGGCUCCGCAACUUCGUCGCCAACAACCUCAACAUCACCCAAGCCUUCUACACGCACCCCAAGAUCCUCAUCGUCGGUCUCAACGGGCCCGUCAUCGGCCUCUCCGCCGCUUUGGUCUCCUUCGCCGACUUCAUCUACUGCGUGCCCACCACUUUCCUUCUCACUCCCUUCUCCUCUUUGGGGCUAGUAGCCGAGGGAGGCGCCUCCCGCGGUCUUGUUCAGCGAUUGGGCUUGCCCAAGGCUAACGAGGCGUUGAUCAUGAGUAAGAGGAUUACGAAGGAGGAACUGGUGCAGACGGGGUUUGUGACCAAGUGCUUUGAGGAAGUGGGCAAGGGGGAGACGGAAAAGUUUAAGGGGUUGGUGUUGAAGGAGAUUGAGGAAAGGCUGGGAGAGCAUUUGGUCGGGGAUAGUUUGUUGGGGAUCAAGAAGUUGGUUAGGAGGCCCGAGAGGGAUGUGUAUGAUGCGCAGAAUGUGGCGGAGGUGAUGGCGGGGUUGGACAGGUUUGUUAGUGGAGUGCCGCAGGGGGAGUUUGAGAAGAUUGCGAGUGGGAAGAAGAGGCAUAAGCUUUAGAGUAGGGGUACGUGUGUGUCCUAUGUGUGUAGGAGCAGAAGGGAGAUGAGAGGAAUGGUUUUGUAUGUAAAUCGUUUAUGCGAGAAAGAAGAGAUCCAAAGUUGAAUAAUCC